AUCGCGGCGGGGCCGGGGCYGGCUGCGCCAUGGCACCGGAGCGGCCCGGGGAAGAGGGCGGCGAUGCCGCCAGCCCGAGCGCCGCCACAGCCCCCGGCCCGAGGCGUGUCGAGGUUCCCCGGGCCCCUUCCAUCGAGGAGUUCACCAUCGUGAAGCCCAUUAGCCGCGGCGCCUUCGGGAAGGUGUACCUGGGCCGCAAGGCGGACCGGCUCUAUGCCGUGAAGGUGAUGAAAAAAGCAGACAUGAUCAACAAAAAUAUGGUUCACCAGGUGCAGGCAGAGAGGGAUGCRCUGGCUCUCAGUAAAAGUCCUUUCAUUGUGCACUUAUACUAUUCACUUCAGUCAGCAAACAACGUGUAUUUAGUGAUGGAGUACCUUAUUGGUGGAGAUGUCAAAUCCCUUCUCCAUAUUUAUGGAUAUUUUGAUGAAGAAAUGGCUAUUAAGUAUAUUUCUGAAGCAGCAUUGGCUCUUGACUAUCUUCACAGGCAUGGAAUAAUCCACAGGGAUUUGAAGCCGGACAACAUGCUCAUUUCUAAUCAGGGACAUAUAAAGCUGACAGAUUUUGGGCUUUCCAGAGUUACUCUGAAUAGAGAGAUAAAUAUGCUAGAUAUCCUUACUACUCCAUCAAUGGCAAAGCCAAAACAAGACUACUCACGUACUCCAGGACAGUUGUUGUCUCUUAUCAGUUCUCUGGGCUUUUAUACUCCUCCUGUUAGAGUGAAAGUGCCAGGGCACAAUUCAAGUAAAUCGUCUGACAGUCUGCAUGGCAUGGUUUCUCCUGUACCUGUGGCCCAAAAGGAAAAUACCCCUCUUUCAACUAAAUUAUUCAAAACACAUCUUGAUAAUUCUCAAUUAACACCUGUGAUGCCAGCGAGAAGUUUAACUCCUACUCUACUUCAGUCAAGAAAAAGGUUUGGUAGCUCCAGUGUCAGUAGUCAGUCUCACACACGCCYGUCCAGUGUGGAAUCAGAAAGCUGCAGCAGCCCCAGGUGGGAGAAAGAUGUAGAGCAAAGUGAAGAUGCACCUCGUUCUACAACAUGCAAAACCAGUAACAGUGGAUCAGCUCUCCUUUUGAAUGUUGAGUUGCCAAAUAGGAAAGGUACUGAAGUUUUAAAGACAAAAGAACUUGAGUCUGCCAUUUCUCCCAUUGUCAGCAAUGAUUCUGGCAGUAGGCGGAAGCUGGGAAGUGAACAUUUGGAUAUAGCAGAUACUCCUGUGAGCACUCUGGRUGUGAAAGGCAUAGUGAGAAAAUGUAUUUCGGAAAAUAAGAUUUGGAAAGAAAAAGUCAUUGUAAAUAAAAGAGAUGUGACUAAUGAAACAGCAGAGACUUCCAGUCUACAACAGUCACCUUCAAGGCAGAAUGAGCCUGUCAAAGAGGAAGAAAUGUUUGAAAAGCCAGGUGUAAAAAGAAGCUUUGAAUCAGUUGACACUAGUCCUUGUCAGGAACUUAACUAUGUUAAAAAAAGUAAUGCAGAAUAUAAACGUGGCUGUCAGAUCACAGAAUUUCCAGCAAACAAAGGGACAGGUUUGACAACAGAAAUUCAAUCCUUAAUGCUCUGUAAUGACGGAUGCCUAUGUGACACCUGCAAAAGCAAGGAAGAAGUUAAGAGUUCUAUUAGUAACCUGGAAACUGAAAGAUUGCUUACUCCAACUAUAGCCAAAAAUCUUAUGUGUGAUCUGGAGGCAGACUGUGGAAAGGAUGAUGAAAAGGAGUACAUGAACUCAAGUUUUUUAGGCAUUGAAGAUGAAAAACCUUUAGGAGUCUUCAGUGCAGAUUCUGAUUUACUUCCUGAAAUCUCUGUUACAGAAAGCCAUCUAGAAAAGCAGCUUUUAGAUUUGGACAAAAGUGUUAAAGACCUCUCUUUUGAGGAACCAAAACCUGAAGAUGUGCUAAUAACAUCACCAGAGUCCCAAGAUGCCACACAAAAUGGAGAGAAAGYACAUACAGUCCAGGACUUUGGGCCAUUACAUCAGAAAAAGGAUAAUGRCCAGAAACAYGYGGAAGAAACUUGCCUUGGCACAGUWGCUUCUCCUUCAGAAAAGAUGAUGGAAGCACUGAGUCUCUUAAAAAAAAAUGCUGUUGUUUUUCGAAGUUACAAUAGUCCAAUCAAUGUAUCCAAUGCAUCUGACCCAUGUAGCAUGGCUUCUUUAGAAAUAAUGGAUCUUUCACCUGCUUGCAGUGGCUCCUAUCCAACAGCUAUCACUCCAUUACAGAAAGGAAGACCAUAUCAGUGCUACCAGACCCCUCAUCGGAURGAUGCUGGCACACCAUAUAGGACUCCAAAGAGUGUUAGAAGAGGAGCUGCCCCUGUAGAAGGUGAACGCAUCCUGGGGACCCCAGACUACCUGGCACCUGAGCUGCUUUUGACACAGCCUCAUGGUUCUGCUGUAGACUGGUGGGCCCUUGGAGUUUGUUUAUUUGAAUUUCUAACUGGAAUUCCACCUUUUAAUGAUGAAACACCAACACAGGUCUUCCAAAAUAUUUUGAAAAGAGAUAUUCCCUGGCCUGAGGGUGAAGAAAAGCUGUCUGAUAAUGCCCAAAAUGCAAUAGAUAUUCUUCUAACCGUUGACACUACUAAGAGAGCUGGACUGAAGGAACUGAAGCAUCACCCCCUCUUUCACGGGGUGGACUGGGAUAAUCUCCAGAAUCAGACUAUGCCGUUUAUACCUCAGCCGGAUGAUGAGACUGAUACCUCUUACUUUGAUGCUAGAAACAAUGCUCAGCACCUGACUGUGUCUGGAUUUAGCUUAUAGCAUCAAGAUAAGUGAACAUUUUCCAUGGUUUUGCACAUUUACAGGUUGUUUUGUAACCCUAGUUUGGUCUUGACUAAGUUUCCUUGCCAAAUUUAGUGUGUUUCAAGUUACCAGUCUGUUUUUAUUAUAGUCUCCUUUAUUCCAAAGUGAAACUACUGUAUGGAACUGGCAUCAAGGGCCUUCAUGCUGCUUUUUCUCUCACUGCACCUUACUAAGAGUAUUGCAUUUCUUGGAGCUAAUAACUCUUGGCAGUAAUGGGGCUUUUAAAUAGCAAUUAAUUAUUCCCAUUACUAAGUGUGGCGUUAUUUCCCAGCUAAACUAAUAUGGAAAGGAUAUUAAUUAUUUCUAAUUGUAUUUAAUUAAUAACUAACCUAUUGGUGGUUCAAKGUGGUGACAGGCUGGGUUGAGAGCAGUCCUUUCUGACCAGUGUGAAUAUAUAUCCACUGUGCAAAAAUGGUCAUUUCUAUUCAAGGUGUAAAAUUGAAAUCUCAAUGCAACAUUGAAAUGUCUUGUCUUCUGUUUUUCUUAUUCCCAAGAAGGGAUGAGAACAUGCAAUGGUGUUCCRAGUUAACUCAGCUAGAAGUGGCAUGAGAGAUGGGCAGUAGUUCCUCUGGUUAUUAUCUGUUCUUAGAGAGAAAUGGGGCAGUGAAUGGAUACUUGAGGCAAGUCUGUUAAACAAGUGCUCUGCUCAAAUUGUUGCAUUGUAGCCACUUGGGCUGUAGGAAGCUGGACUGGACAUACAUUUUGGCAGUUACUGGUUUUAUACAGAAAAUGCCCAGUGUGUGUGUGUUCACUUGUCAAAUGACAAGUGACAGGUGCUUUUUUUUUUUUUUCUAACAAGUAGUAUUCAUACUGAAGCUGCCAAAUGUGAAAGACCAUAAUGUAUUGCAGAUUAAUGGAUUGUUCUGUAAAUUCACAGCCAGAGCUUGGAUUUUGACUAGAAUAUAAGGUAGAAGUGUAUAUUCUGUAUUAUAAAUCUGAAUUAGUGGGAAGUAUAUUUAAAUUUAUCUUUAAAUGCAAUACAAAACUUGUGUCUGCUAGGUUUUAGAGGAUUAUUUGUAGAUAUUCCUGUUUAAAUAAUCUUUGGUAUUUUUCUUGCAUAAGUAUCUUUCUCUAACUUAAAGAAGAUUUUAAUUUUUCAGGUUUCUGCUUGUUAGAUAAAGAUCAUUUGUGCUAGAUGGUAUUGGCAGCCAAGGGCCAYGUGCCAGAAGCCAUUUUGCCAGUGAUUUUUGCCAAAUGGCUUUUGGUUUCAUGAACCGACCCCUUUUUAUAGUAGUAGUGAGAUGUCCCUUCAUUACCCUGCUUCCUGGAAGACAAGAUUUAUUGAUGGAAUUCUGAGCAGAUAAUGUCUGGUAGGCUUCCUGCUAUUCCCUCAGGUUGCUCAGAAAGGAAUGAGAAUGGUGAAGAAAAUGGAAUUUCGCUAUAAAGAUCUCAAGAGAGCUGAUUCUUAAUAGCCCAGAAUAACCAAUCUCAGCUCUAGGUGUGAUAAACAUGUGAAGCAGAAUCUUGGCAAAUUGCAGAACAUACAGUGCAUCUCCUUUGAUAAGAAUGGCUGUUCCAGAAAACUUCUGAAUUGUUCAGUCUCAUUGAAAUUGUUACAUGGAAAAGGURCAAAUAAAUGAAUGCACUACUGAAGCAGUAUUCAUAGUCAACAUUCUCUGGUGAUUUUCCUGUGUGCAGUUAGAAUAUAUAAACUAGGGUAGGAGGGUUCCUUAAYCACUGGUAUUUUAUGCAAUUUAUUCUUCCAUUUCUAGUAAUGUGGUUUAAGAAAGCAUGCUUUACAAGAAUUAAAUAUUGAUUACAUGUUUAAGAAAUAAUAUAAACURAACACCUACAGUAGGUCUUUGUAUUCAGUGCUUCAGUGCUUUACAAAUGCUUUACCUGUUCCCAUUGGGCAUUGUAACACAUUCCCGUCCUGUCAAGGUGGAAGAAAUUUGUUGCAGUGGUAUAAUCUUGUCUAACCCCUUGAAAUAAUWCUUAACUGUCCACAAGGGCCAAGUAAUCUUCUAUAAAAGCCUUAUUCURAAAGAAAAUUGUGGUCUUUCUACCAGUUGAUUAAUGCAAUACAAAAMCASAGAAUCUGUAGAACAGUAAAYG